AUGGCAACCACCAACACGAAGACGAUGAGCAUGAAGCUCCUGGUAGACACCAAGGCGCAGCGCGUGCUGCUCGCGGAGGCGAGCAAGGACGUGGUCGACUUCCUCUUCUCCCUGCUCGCCCUGCCCCUGGGCGCCGCCGUGAAGCUGCUCCGGAAGGAUCCUUCCAUGUUCGGCAGCGUCGGCGACAUCUACGCCAGCUUCGAGACGCUGGACGCCGCCUACGUCGCGCCCGGUGCGUCCAAGGACGCUCUCCUCGCACCCUCGCCUGCCGUCGGCGCUGGCGCCAGCUCCAUCCUGGGCUUGCCGGAGCCGGCGGUGUUCUUCUUCGAGUGCCAGCACGAAUGCCGCGGAAAGGACGGCAACUACCUGACGGACAUGCCCGGCGUCAAGUGCCCGGGCUGCGGCAAAGAGAUGCAAGCGAAAUCCCGGUUCGUGACGACGCCCGCGCAGCAGAGGAAGUUCUUCAAGCCCAGGCCGUGGUUGUGCGACGACCGCAUGGUGACGGACGUGAGCGGCGUUCCGUGCCCGUGCAGGUAUGCGUGCGGCCAAAAGAUGGAGGAUCAGUGCCAGUACGUUCCUCACCCCCAGCCCCAGGCGGUGGUGCCGGGCGUAGGGUUCGUGCAGGGCAUCGUGAGGUACACGGUGACGGAUAGCCUCGCCGUCGCGCCCAUGUCGUCCAGCGUCGCGCUUCUCAGCACCUUCGCCGCCCUGGACCUGAGCGCGAUCCAGGAGAAGACCGUGCAGCUCGGCCACGCCGAGGGUUUGGAAAUUCUGAGGGCAUCGCUGCAGUCCAGGACUGUCCUGACUGAUGUUUUCCUUGGCAAGGAGGAGCCCCGCGACACUGCCUGA